AAGGGCUAACCUAUGUAUACUUUAUAAAAACGGAAGGAAUUGAAGAUAAUGAUGAAGAUUUACAAUAUUGCAUGACUGAUAUAAAACGUAAAAUGGACAACUUAGGCUCAACAACAGGCAGUAAUGAAGCCUUGCGUUGCGAAUACAUUUCUACAAUACUACAUGCAAGUCUCAUUAUUGCUAAAAGAAUCACUAAAAAAAAAAUCACUCUGGAACCUGAGUUUGAAGUCACUGGUGAUGAAGCAACAGGUAGAGUUGACUAUGCUAUCAAAAAAGUCUUUGACACCCUAGAUGAAGAACUUAUUUGCAUUACUGAGGGAAAACAGA